AUGCCGACUUAUCCAUUCCACGGUAUCUCGCCGCGCCUCGGCAAAGGCGUUUGGCUAGCCCCUUCGGCCUAUCUGACCGGCGAUAUCGAAGUCGGGGACGAUGCCUCGUUUUGGUUUCACACCGCUGCCCGGGGCGAUGUCCAUCGGAUCCGUAUCGGUGCACGCACCAACAUUCAAGACGGCUCGGUGCUACACGUCACCCACCAGCGCUUUCCCCUGACGAUCGGUGCCAACGUGGUGGUCGGGCAUAGCGCCAUGGUGCACGGCUGCACGGUCGAGGACGGCGCGCUGAUAGGCAUUGGCGCGCGGGUGCUCGACGGGGCGGUGAUCGAACGUGGUGCCCAGAUCGGCGCCGGUGCGGUAGUGACGCCGGGACAGUGCGUUCCAGCCGGUCACCUGGCACUGGGUGUGCCAGCCCGGGUAGUGCGACCGCUGAGUACGGCGGAAAGUGUCGAGAUCACCGCCAUCGCCGAGCGCUACGUGGCCUUGAAAGACGAGUACAUGGCGACACUGGCCGAUGCCGGCAGCCCGGCAAGCGAUUUACCGAACAGCGACCAAGAGAACGGAGAAUGA